CGUUAAUUGAAGCAUCGAUUUCAAAAAUAUUUCAAUAACAAGAGAAUAAAUAUUAUGGACCAAAAAACAAAAACUUUUGUAAAACCAGAGGACUUUUUGAAGAUACAAAUUAGAAAACAGCAAUUACAGCAAAGAUUAAAACAAAAAUCCAAAACAACAGCUAGCAACCAUCAAGAAAAUGAUUUGAGCAAUAAUAAUGUAUUUGACAGAAAGAAACGACCCAAUCCGUUUGCAAGAGAUACAGAACAAAAUCAAAAGAAAUCUCGGGAAGAUAGUUUAAUUCAAGUAGAUGACACAAUUUUCGAGCUAAUUCACAACACAACAUCCAAACCAACAGCAAAUCUCGAGGCACCUAUAUUGGAAGUACUGAAUGAAUAUGAAAAGAAUAUAAUUGGAAUUGUACAAGAAAAUACAAAAGAGGAACCGCCACAAAUUGAGAUAUUAAAGUUUCUACCUGUUGAUUGGAGCAUUAAGCGAUGUAUAAGAAUAUUAAGUAAGACAAUAGUUACACCAAGUACAUUAAAAUCAUCUGUUGAAGCUUCUGGAUUGACUGGAUUCGUAAGAUGCUUAGAUAUCAAAAAUACAAGUUCAGGACUUGAUAUAUCAAGCAGUGCUCGAUUCCAUCAGAAUCUUAUGUAUUGGCAAUCACCACAUUUACCGUGGCUUAAUUUAGUUCAAAGAAAUUCCAGCAAUAAUAAUCCAUUCAAAUUGAAUGAAAAUGAAGUUGAUUCACUUUAUAAGGACUGGAUGAACAGCUUUAAGAAUCUUUUUAAUUUAUUAAGAGCACGUCAAUGUCCAUAUUUUUAUGUCUUAGCCAAUAACUAUAAUAUCUUAUUUAGAGCUGCUGGAAUCGGUGGACGUGCUGAAAUGCAUGCUUUAUUAACUCCAACAUCUAAAGGAUUUCGACAGAUGCUUAAUGAUGAAGAAAUUGAGUUUACACAGCCAUUGAAGAAAUCUGGCAAGAAGAGCUUAACACCAAAUAAUAGUAUUGAAGGAACUGACGAGAAUAACGAGGAAGAAGAAGUUGAUGAAAUGGCAUUUUUAGAGGAACUUGGAAUUAAUAAAACAGAUAUAAAGUUUAAGGAAAAUAUCAAAGAAAAGCAACGUGAACUAGAAGAUGAUCAUGGUGAUGUAUCGACAGCAUUAAUUGAAGGUGCUGAUUGCCAGACAUUCUUUAAUUUUCUACUUAAUGCGAAAAGUACGUUACCAAAAGUAGGUAAAUUGGCAGGAAUUCCGCCAACUUUAUUAGCUCCAGUUGCAUUUUUGGGAGGAACUUUAAGGCGUCAAAAUAUGAAAAGUAUCCAUACAUUAACAACAUUACUAUCAGAACUUAAAGAUAAUUAUAAUCUUACUAUGUCCAACUACCUCAAUACAAUCGCAUUCACGAAAGUAUCAAAGGAACUUAUUAAUGAUCUUGAUACGUCGCAAACUUUUGCUGAUAAUGUUUUUGGAGUUGAGAAUCUAUCAGAUUGUGGAAUAGACAUGGAAGUGCUGAAAACAAUGUGUAGUGUCAAGUCUGAAGCUAUUAACAUUACAGAACGACUGCAAUAUUGUCGAAAAUUAGGUGGAUUUACUCAUUUUUAGUGACUUAUAGCUUUAUUAUGUUAAAUCUUAAUAUGUUAAUAAACUUAUCUUUUUUUCUUUUAAAAAAAAUAUUAUGAUGCUGAGAAAUGUUCUUAAUUAAUCUACAAUUAUGAGCUCGUCAAUCGCCCAAUCCUCAUAACUGUUGUCAGGUAAAUAUCGUCGGAUAAUAAUUGGAAUCUUUCGCUGUUUUAAUUCCUUCAUAGCAAUUUGUAAUGGAUCAGUCUCACCUUCUAAUUCAACCAUAAUUGGUGCACACAUAGCUAUUUGUAAAGCUCUAGUUCCUAGAACUCUUGCACGCUCAUAUUUUGUCAUAUAUUUUGUUGUAAUUCUCUUACUUCUUGGAACUGAUCCACCAGCUUGUUGCCCAGCCAUUACAAUCUCAAUAUUAUCUCCUUCUUCUUCCUGGAUAUCUUCCAAUUCGUCAUCAACAUCAUCAUCAACAUAAUCGUCCCCACCGGCG